AAGUAAUUCUACUGGUGGUGUUUUUAGAAAGAGAAAGAGAAAGGGCCGUUCGCCUUUUCCGCCUUUCAUCUUAUCACACUUGGUGAUCGAACACAAAGGUACUCCGAAAUAGGUAAUAGGUAAUAGGUAUCGAUCUGAAAAGCAUAAACCAAAGCAACAAGAAAUGAAUGAAAUUAAUCAAAUUACAACACUUUCUUUUAAACAAUGAAUGAAAUUAUAGCAAUUUGUGCAACACAUGAGACUAAUCUACAUCAUACUCAGCUUAUAGUUGAUAUUUGAAACGAGUACAACACAAACUAUUAUUUUAAGAAGUUUAAAAUAGAAAUAUAGAGAUAAUCAUAUUAAAAUAAUAUGAUGUCACUCUGUAGUACGGAUUGGACCAAAGUAGUUAUUUGACAUUUAAUACGAAAUUUGGGUACAAUUAAUUGAAACGUUAUUUUGUAAUUAAUUUUUUUUUAAGGAAUAUUAGAUUUUUAUGUCAAUAGUCACUAAAUGCUUUGGCCUCCGUACUAAUUAUCUACGUUAACAAAGUGUUUUUGAUUGUUAUAGAUUCUUUUGAAUUAAAAAUAAUUACUGUCUUUAUGAACUUGAAUUAAAAGUGUUUUGAUUGUUACUCAUAGUUGUUAUUCUUAAUUUCUUACCAUCGCAAUUAUGGGAUAAACGUACUACGUAGUACAUUAAGGAAGAUUAAAUUGAAGUAGAGAUCAAAAUACUUAAUUUAAUUAAGUUAUUUAUUUGCUGAUGACUACACGAAGAAUAUAUAAAUUAAAUUGAAAUAAUCAAAUAUACUUCGUCGUAAUAAGGGAGAAUUAAUUGAAUAAGUGAUCACUCUGAUCAGAAUUGUAUGCUAAUGAUCUGUUGCUUAUUUUAUUAAGGUAUUUCGGACAAUCCAUGCUAAUGUAAGAUCAUUUAUACACCUUAAAUGAUUGCUUACUUUCUUGGAGGAAGAUUGUUUCAGCAAGACAAAGAAUUUGAACAACACAUUAUAAAUUUCACCCAUAAUAGAACAUUUAACUCGUUAAGAAAAAAACUAUAAAAAAAAAAGCCUAAUACAAAGAGCAAUUUUGCACUUGCACCAAGCUUAUGAAAAAUGGCUCAUGAAACAGAAGAUCUAAACACUUUUCUUAUCAUUUCGGGUCAUGGAGUGAAAGGUUUAUCGGAGAUGGAAUUGAAGGAUUUGCCAAAGGAGUACGUACAACCUCAAUCAGAGAGGCCGUCCAACAUGAAGAUCAUGGAAGAGGCAUCGAUCCCCAUAAUUGAUGUGUCUAAUUGGGAUGACCAAGCAGUUUUAGAAUCAGUAUGUGAUGCUGCUCAGAAGUGGGGAUUCUUUCAGAUCAUCAACCAUGGGGUGCCACUUGAAGUACUUGAGGAUGUGAAACGAGAAACUCUCGCGUUCUUUGCCUUGGCACCAGAGGUCAAGAGGAAUUAUUUCAAGGAGAAUUCUCCUAGCAAUCAUGUGAGGUUAAGUACUAGCUUUAUACCCGAGGUUGAGAAUGCCUUAGAAUGGAAGGAUUACCUUAGCCUCUUUUAUGUCUCUGAUGACGAGGCUCUUGCUUUAUGGCCUACUAUUUGCAGGGACCAACUUCUGGAUUAUAUGAACAAGUGCCAAGUUGUGAUUAAGUCCCUCCUGCAAGUCUUGAUGAAAGGACUCAACGUUCAUGAGAUCAAUGAGGAACAAUGGUCACUUCUUUCGGGUUCCAAAAGGAUUAAUCUCAACUUCUACCCAAAGUGUCCGAAACCUGAACUUACAGUAGGAGUAGGGAGGCACUCAGACGUGUCCACCUUUACCAUGCUCCUGCAGGAUGAUAUUGGAGGACUCUAUGUUCGAGCACCUGAUGGAGAAAGUUGGGUUCAUGUGCCACCUAUCCCCGGGGCACUGGUGAUUAACAUUGGUGACGCGCUGCAAAUCAUGAGCAAUGGCAAGUACAAGAGCAUAGAACACCGUGUAAUAGCAAAUGGAAGUAAAGACAGGAUUUCAAUUCCCCUGUUUGUGAACCCAAAGCCUAGCAAGGUGAUCGGACCUUUAAAGGAAGUUUUGGUAGAGAGUGAUGAGAAACCCAAGUACAAGGAGGUGUUGUAUUCUGAUUAUACUUUGUACUUCUAUAAAAAGGCUCAUGAUGGCAAGGGAACCCUUGAUUUUGUCAAGAUAUGAUCUUUUCAAUAGGGAUGAGAAAGGCAAUUCGGAAUGAUCGAAUAUAAUGAGAAAGAAUAAUACAGGGUUUUCCUGUUAAGAUCAAUAAUAAGCUUGGAUACAAAUGUAUUUUUAAUUUAAAUCUUGAUUGUAUCGUAUUUCGGAGUAUGUAUUAAGACAGUAAUUGAAGUUUAUGUUACAGAUGCUUGUAUAUAGUAGUAAGAAAGUAAAAUAAAGAUAUUGAUGCCAAUGCAGACAGAUCCUAUUUCAAAUUUUAAUCCCACUUAGCUUACAGAUGAA